UGCAUAUAUUUGACAGUUGACGGUACAGAAGCGUCCAUGAAGUGAAGAGGAGGAGGGGAGUCACGGUGGGCUGCACAUACAGGAGUGGUUGUAGAUGUGAAGGGGUGGUUGAGGCUGACAGAGGUGUGCCUCUAACAGAACUUUAUUAAGGCUCUUCAGUUUGUUUCCAUUCGGACCAGCUGACUGGGGACAGGACGGGCUGCUGCAUGCUGUGGCUUUUCUGGACUCAUGGCUCGGCUCUUCGGUGCAAAAGUGAGCCUGCUGCUUCUGUUAAUGACCUUGAUGCUCAUCGCAGAGACAAGACAGAAGAGUCCAAAGACACUGAGGAGAAAGAAGAGAGAAUGGAUCCUUCCUCCUGCCAAGUUGCUGGAGAACACUGAUUACACCCAAAAGCCUUUCAUUGCCAAGAUUCGCUCUGACCGAGACAACAGGGCGAAGGUGGAGUAUUUCCUCACUGGAAAAGGAGCUGAUAAGUCACCCUACAACCUCUUUGUGGUGGACCAUGACACCGGGUUUGUACGCAUCACUGAUAAAGUAGACCGGGAGAAAUACCCCAGCUACAAUCUAACAGGGGUUGCCAAAUACACAGAUGGGACACUUGCGGAGGACAACAUCCCACUGACUGUCACAAUCCUGGACAUGAAUGACAACCCUCCUUAUUUUGAGAUGCAUACUGGCAACAUCACAGAGUCAAGCAAAGAAGGAACCUUUGUCAUGCAGAUCGAGGGGAAAGAUAAUGACGAAGCUGGAACAAUUAACUCAGCCAUCGCCUACACCAUCAUCAGUCAGGAGCCAGAAGUCACAGGUCACAUGUUCACUAUAGAGAAAAACACAGGAAAAUUGUUCGUCAAGGAGCCCACACUGGACAGAGAGACUCACGAUACCUACACACUGGUUGUAAUGGGGACUGAUAUGGGAGGAGCAGCAAAUGGGCUAACAGGGACAGGAACUGUUGUGAUCAAGGUCUUGGACAUCAAUGAUAACAUCCCCACUCUAGAAAAAUCAGCGUACGAUGGUGAAGUGGAUGAAAAUGUUGCAAAUGUACCUAUACUGAGAAUCAAAGCUCUGGACAAUGACCUUGAACACACAGACAACUGGCUGACGAUCUUUACAAUUGCCAAAGGAAAUGAGGAUAAACUCUUCGAAAUUGAGACAGACCCUGAAACCAAUGAGGGUGUCCUGAUGCUUGUCAAGGCUGUGGACUUUGAAGAAGUCCAGAAUCUUGAGCUUGGCCUGCUCAUUGAGAAUGUAGCUCCUUUUGUGGAAGGUGAAGCUGUUCUGAUGAAUGUGGGCGUUCAAAUUGGAGAGGGUAAUCCUUUGCCUGCUGGGGCUGCAGCUGGAGCUGGAGCUGGUGCUGGUGCUGGUGCUGGUGCUGGUGCUGGUGCUGGUGCUGGAGUUGGAGUUGGAGUUGGAGUUGGUGUGGGUGCGGAUGUAGGAGUGGAUGCAGGUGUAGACGCUGGUGUAGACGCUGGUGUAGAUGCUGGUGUAGAUGUAGAAGGUGGACUUAAGCCUAACGUAGGAGGAGGAGCUAAGCCCGAGGCAGGGCCAGCAGCUGGAGUUGGGGUUGGAGUGGGCGUUGGACUUAAACCAGGCGUCAAACCGGGACCCGGGACAAAGCCAAAUGCACCAAAAAGUUAUCCCAUUAAGAUAGCAGUGAAUAAUGUGCCAGAGGGCCCAGCAUUCAAACCUGCCACCAAAGAAGUUCCUGUAUCAGAAGAUCCAGACGAACAACCUGAGGAUGGUGUGGUUGCAGUGUUUACUGCAAUCGAUCCAGACACAGGAAAAACAGCUGAAGACGUCAGUUAUGCUAAAGCCUAUGAUCCAGAUAACUGGUUUACCAUCGAUGAAGAGACAGCUGAGAUUAAACUCAACAAGAAUCCAGAUAGAGAGUCGCCGUACUUGGUAAACGGGACCUACAUUGCCAAGAUUCUGGCCAUUACUGAUGACAUGCCUUCAAACACAGCCACCGGAACAAUAGCCAUUCAAGUCGCCGACUCCAAUGACCAUUGUCCCACCCUGACCACCACUCACACCAGUCUGUGCUCUGAUAAAAAAACUGUUUAUGUUACUGGAUUUGAUGAGGAUGCUAUACCCAACGCUGCUCCAUUCACAUUCACAAUCAUACCUGAUGGGACACAGGGCAGCUGGGAUAUAGAAGUCCUCAAUGAGACGAGUGUUGCUCUUCAUUCACAAGAGGACCUGUGGCCCGGCGUGUAUGAGCUGCAGGUGAAGGUGUCAGAUGAACAGGGUCUGUCCUGUCCAGCCGAUGAGGUUUUUAGAGUGGAUGUUUGUACCUGUGUGGACACAGAGGACUGCAACAUUCUACAGAGGGCAGCCAGACUAGAAACUACUUCAUCUGAGCUCUCUGCCCCAGCCAUCGGCCUGCUGCUAAUGGCAAUGUGCUUACUGCUGUUCAUCCCUUUUCUUCUGAUGUUCUGUCAGUGUGGAGGAGCAGACACUAUCUUCCCUGACCAAUUUAGUGAUCUGCCAUUUGAUGCCAAACAACACCUUAUAUCCUAUCACACUGAAGGCAAAGGCGAGGAUAAGGAAGUGCCCCUCCAUAGUGCCCCGAUCACGAUGGGUACCCAAAAUAAAGUUGAGGCAGUACAAACAAGGACCUUCAAUGCCUUUUCUUCAAAAUUCACAGAACAUCAGGAGUCAACUGAAAUGUUCAGUGAAUCUAUGCAGCAGUUUCAGGAAAGCCAAAAUCUUAUGGAGGUUGACAAUGCCUACACACUUUCAAGGGAACCAUUGAAAAAUGGCAAUGGCAGCAUGACAUUUGGCAGGCAAAAACUUGGCAUCCAACAUGCGCAAGAUCUGUAUGAGGAUAUAGCCUUAUCUGAUGCUUUUCUCAAUGAUUACUAUUCACAGAAAGUGGAGUGUGUGGUGCCAGUGAAGGACUGUCUGUUGGAGUAUGAUUUUGAGGGCGAGGGCUCCUGUGCUGGCUCAGUGGGCUGCUGCAGCCUCUUGGAGUCUGACAAUGACCUGCAGUUUCUCAAUGACCUUGGACCAAAGUUCAAGACUCUGGCUCAGAUCUGUUCCCCUCCUACAACAACACCCAAACCUUCCCUGGGACACAAAGUAACAGGAGCUGUCAAAACCACAGCUGACAUUGUUGAACCCGUUGUUAAGCCAAAAACUGAGCGAAGUGUUGAGACAAAACAUACCAAUGUAAUGACAAAGAAAGUCGUGUCAUCUACGAACAUCUCCAGUUCAGUUGGUAGUGUGCCAUCCAUGACACUCCCUCACUCUAAGGUUACUAAUAUCAGUCAUUCCUCUAAUGUCAGUCAUUCUGCCACCCUGCCCCGUCAAGCUCAGACAUUGGUACUUCAACAGCAGCCAGUUUACUACACUACCACCCCUAUGGUACAGCCUAUGCACUAUGUAGUUCAACCACAGCUUCAGAGCACAGUUCUUGUGGCAGAUGGGACCCACGGAGCAAAUGUUCCAGGCCUAUAUGUAGUCAGCGGUCCCCAGAGUCCUUCUGGACUUGUAAUCAAUGGAACCCCAGGCUCUCCUUCUGGGCUAGUUUUCCCUAGCAUUGAGAGCACCAAAAGUCUUGCCAGUCCCACAAGUUCAGUCACCCCCACCCUGUUGCUACCUGUGAGCCCAGGUGUGUCACUCCCCUCAGUCCCUGUGGAUGGCUGGAAAAUGAUCCUAAAUCCUGAUGGUAAUUAUGUGAUCAUUGAGGAUAAGAGUAGUACAGGUAAGGUACUGAAGAUGGACCCAGGGUCACCUCAGGGCACUGUGCCCAGAGGUGCUAUCCUGGUAAAGGAGGCUGCUCCCCCUCAGGGGGUGUUAGGCCCAGCAGCCCAUGGGAGUGUGUAUGGCAUUCUGCCAGGACAUGCUGUUGCUAAUAAGGAGGGUGUUGUUACAGUAAAUAGACAUUUGAGGCAAACCUGGGUUGGGCAACCUGUGCAGAUGGGGUUAGGGCCAGUCAAUGUUUUGGAAGUUGGUGGUGGGCAGUCACAAAUGGGAAUGGGACAUGUGGUGGCAGUAGAGCGACAAGUCGGUCAGCCUGGAAUUUGGCCAGCUGGGAUUAGGCAGGUCAGUGUAAACCAGUUUGAAGGAAUUCCUCCAUUACAAAAAACAGCAGAUUUCAGUGGUAUUCAAGAGAAGACCAUUAAUGUUACAAAUACUAUCAUUACCACUGAAACCUCUAACACUCAUUUGCCUUCAAAGGAAGAGGUUAUAAAAAAUCUGUUCAAGGAUGAUGCUCAGAACAUGUAUGAUGAAGACAAGCAAUCACAAGAUGUGAUCACCUACACAUCAGAAGAACAACACACAGCACUAGAUGUAAAGGACUCUAGUGAUACAGUCCAAAAAGCAUUUGAGGAGAAGGAAAGAUCUGUAAAACCUUCAGUUAUAAGUCUUGAGGAAUAUAUUAUGUCAUUACCAGGCCCACGUGUAGUUCAGACACCAUUUGAGCAGUCUGGCACAGUGGUAGAGAAACCAGGAGAUACAAUGGAUGAACUUGUGCCUGAAACUGAAACUCCAACAAACAAAUUCACAGAUGUGAUAAGUCAGACUACAGGAUCCAAUGACCCACAAGAGAAUGCAGAGGAAGAAACCAAUGUUCCACAGGAAAAGCAUGUCCCCUCUGAAGAAGAAGAUAUAUCUAUGGUCAUUAAUAUGUCCUCGACAGAAGAUUUCCUACCUGUAUCAGAUGUUACUGAUUUAGUUAAUACAGACAAAGAGAAUGAAGUGACAUUAACAUUUCCUCAAGGAGAGGAAGCAACUCCUACUUCAAACCAAAUGAACAUUGUAGACAAUCAAAUGCAUUAUUGGACAGAAGAAAGUGUAGCCAAAAAGGAAGCAGCACCUUUGAAAAAAGAGGAAGAGCAAGAAGAAGAAGUUGAAGGUCCAGAUGAUGAAAGUUCUGAAUUUGGGUCAGAACUUCAAUCAAAUGAAUUCACAGAGGAUCAAAGUAGAAAGGAGUUCGAUGGAGAUGUCAGCCCAGUAAAGACAGUUGUUUCAGAUGUAGAAACAAAUCAGAUUAUUGCCACCUGUGAUAGUAUUCAGCCAGAAGAGAAUAUGGAGGACAUGACACUAGUCAUCAGUAAUGCACAGGAAGAGGUUAAAGCUGAGCAUGAGCAGUUGUUAGAUUCUGAAAUAGGACUCAAUACUAUGGGUGAUGAAUUAUCAGCAACACCUCCAAAUGAGAGUUCAACAGACACUGUGAAUGAGUCUGAAGAGAGAGCCAUCCCUGAUCAAGAGACAGUGUCGGAACAACAGGUGGAUUAUAGUGAAGAGGAUAAGAAAGAAGAAUGCCAUGAAAAGACAGAUAUUGCUGAUAUUGAAGCAAAAACAUCAAUGCAGACUGUGAAGACUAUUUUAGAUAACAAAGAAGAAGGAGAUCUGGAUGAUCCAAAUUUGAUAUCAGCAUCAGAAGAAAUGACACAAGCACAAGUUGAGGGCUAUAAUGUACCAACCAUUUCAACAUUAGAGCAACAUCUACAUACAACAGAAGAUGAAAAUAAUCAACAAAAUAUAAUGGCAGCAUCAGAAGUAGAUAAGGAUCAAGUCGAGUCAGAUGGAGACAGUAUAAGAGAUGGUGAAAAAGAGGUAAUAAUUGUGGAGGAAGGAGAGCCACAGCAGAGUCCCAGCACCUCCGAUGACGAAGACGUUGAAAGACAAGAUGCAUUGAGCACAAGUUCUCAAAUGGAGGAAAAGUUAAUCUCAGAUGACAACAUUACUGAUGAAGAAAACAAUGAGUCUGCUAUGGAGGAAAGGGUGUCACCAGUACAGCAAAUGACUAGAAUCUCAGAAGACAGUGGAAAGGAAGAUGCAUCCUGCACACUUUCUCAAGUGGAGGACACACUAAUUUCAGAUGACAACAUUAGAGAUGUAACCAAAAAAGAGGAUAUUGUCGAGGAGGAGGUGUCUGCUGUAGAGCAAAUGACUAGCAUCUCAGAAGAAGAUGAAGACAGUGAAAAAGAAGAUGUAUCCCAUACACUAUCUCAAGUGGAGGAUAAACUCAUCUCACACACUCAUACACUUAUUUCAGAUGACAACUUUAGAGAUGGAAUGAAAGAAGAGGAAAUUUUGGUGGGGGUGUCACCUUUACAGCAAAUGACUAGCAUCUCAGAAGAAGAUGAAGACAGUGGAAAGGAAGAUGGAUCCUGCACAGUUUCUCAAGUGCAGGAUACACUCAUUUCAGGUGACAACAUUAUUGAUGGAGUCAAAGAAGAUAAUAUUGUGAAGGAAGUGUCACCUGUAGAGCAAAUGACUAGCAUCUCAGAAGAAGAUGAAGACAGUGAAAAGGAAGAUGCAUCCCAUACACUAUCUCAAGUGGAGGAUGCACUUAUUUUAGAUGACAACAUUAGGGAUGGAAUGAAAGAAGAGGAAAUUUUAGUGGAGGUGUCACCUUUACAGCAAAUGACUAGCAUCUCAGAAGAGGAUGAAGACAGUGAAAAGGAAGAUGCAUCCCAUACACUAUCUCAAGUGGAGGAUACACUUAUUUCAGAUGACAACUUUAGAGAUGGAAUGAAAGAAGAGGAAAUUUUGGUGGAGGUGUCACCUUUACAGCAAAUGACUAGCAUCUCAGAAGAUGAAGACAGUGAAAAAGAAGAUGCAUCCCAUACACUAUCUCAAGUGGAGGAUACACUUAUUUUAGAUGACAACAUUAGAGAUGUAACCAAAGAAGAGGAUAUUGUCGAGGAGGAGGUGUCUGCUGUAGAGCAAAUGACUAGCAUCUCAGAAGAAGAUGAAGACAGUGAAAAAGAAGAUGCAUCCCAUACACUAUCUCAAGUGGAGGAUGCACUUAUUUCAGAUGAUAUUGUAAGUGAUGGUGAGAAUGAGGUACCAUUCAGGCAACAAAAAAAUAGCAUUUCAGAUGACCAAGAUGAAGAAGAUAGAAGAGAAGAUGCACCAAUAACACUUAGUCCUCAGUUGCGGGAUCAUCUCUUGUGCUCAGAUAAAAUACAUGAUGGAGAAAAGGAAGAUGUUGUAACGUCACCUUUACAGCAAAAUAUGAGCAUCCCAGAUGUCCAAGUUGUUGAAGGUGCAAACGAAAACUCACCAGGUACAAGCUUUCACAUAGAGGAAGAAGACAUUAAGUCUCACGAGAUGUUAGAGGAGGAAUCUCAGUCUUUAGAGACAGACUGUUUAGAGUUUAAUCAGGUGGCAGCAACAUCAAGGGAAAUUCAAGAAAUGCCUUGUGAAGUUACUGCACUAUCUUCUCAGAUAGAUUACACAACUCAAGAUGUUUCUGAGAGACAAGAUGCUGUUGGUCAAGAGUUAGCAGGUGGUGCUGACAUGGAGGGUUUGGAUGAUGUGGUCACAUCAUCAAGAUCAUCCAUGGUAGCCACAGGACAGGUUUCCUUGUCAGGGGCCACAGGUAGCAUAUUGACAUCUGGACAAGUACCUGAGUGUGAAACAACUCAGACUGAUUACCCAAACACAGACGCAAUUAAAACUGAACAAAGUGAGAGUGGAGAUCUCACUUUGGAAAAAGGUAAAGCAGAUGUUAUCAUUGACCUAGAGAUCAGAGAGGGUGGUGCAUAUGGACAGGUAUCACCAAUAGAUAAUUCAGAGAUUCAUGUGGUGGACAAGACCUUAUCUUUGGUGUUGGAAACAGAGCCAGGCUUAUCACAGGCAGGAGCUGCAAGUUUUAUUGAAACAAGUGAGGUAGCUGAGGAGGCUAGAAAUCUUGUUCUAAAUGAGAGUGUGCAAAUGAUUGGAGAAGCAUCAGGGGUAGACCCAAACACUGUGGGGAAAACUGCUUCGAUAGAGGUAUCUGAAGUGUCACAUUACAUGCAUGGGGCUGAGACAAGUGAAGAUCAAGUAAGUUCUGUCGAGCUUCAGACAGCCAUCAGCCAAACUCCUCAGAACAAAUCAAGAAAGAGUAAAAUAGACUUUAGCAAAGGCCCUAAAAGUCCAAAAAGCCCCUCUGGAAAGUGUAAGCAACAGUGAUUUCUGUCAGUUUACUAUAC